AUGGGUAGAUCAUUGCAAAUCGACCGUUUUGAAUCCAUGCUAAAAUGUGGGCGACCUAUCGUGCCUGAUGUUAAUGGGCAACAAACAGUCUGUCUUUCCUGCUUUCUGCACCCAAGGUUUCCUACCAUAGUAGCUGCAUCUAGGCUGCGAGGGAACGAUACAGAUCGACUUGCUUUGCUUGCAUUCAAGGCAAACAUAAUUGAUGAUCCGUUCAAGGUUCUGAGCUCAUGGAAUGGAUCAGCCCUCUUCUGCGAAUGGCACGGUGUUACAUGUGGUCGACGCCACCAAAAAGUCACCAAGUUGGACCUGAGAUCCCAAAAAUUAUUUGGGACCAUACCGCCACACAUCGGGAAUCUAAGCUUCCUUAGAGAACUACAUUUCCAGAACAACAGUCUUGUUCGUGAAAUCCCCUCAGAACUUGGACGUUUGUCAAGGCUGAAAAUUUUAGACCUACAUUAUAAUUCGUUCAGUGGCAAUAUUCCUGCCAACUUAUCUAGUUGCUCUAGUCUUAUUGGCUUCGAUUUUGGUUUCAACAAGCUGGUAGGGGCAGUUCCUAUAGAGCUAGGCUCAUUGUCAAAGCUCAAACUAGUUUCAAUCCAAUACAAUGAUCUAACCGGAGAUAUUCCUCAUUCUUUUGCAAACUUAACAUCUCUUAAAAUUCUACUUGCAACCGAAAAUGGUUUUGGUGGAAGUAUCCCCGAUUCUCUUGGUCAUCUGGGCAACUUGACAGUGAUUGGACUAGGCGAAAGUAGAUUGUCUGGUGCCAUCCCUCCGUCAAUCUUCAAUCUCUCUUCCCUCACAGCUUUUGAUGUGAUCGAUAAUAAGCACCUGCGUGGCAGCCUUCCCUUUGAUAUAGGCAUCACUCUUCCUAAUCUUCAAUUCCUUGGCUUAAGUGGUAACCAAUUUACUGGGUCAUUCCCUAAUUCAAUAACCAAUGCCUCAAAUCUGGAAGUAUUUGAAAUCGCUAUCAACAAUUUUAAUGGAAAAGUGCCAACUAUGGAAAAGCUACAUAAGCUUCAGUUUGUAAACAUUGGUCGGAACAGUUUUGGAAGUGGUGGACCAGACGAUUUGGGCUUUCUUUCUUCUUUGACAAAUGCCACCUACUUAACGGUGUUGAGUCUGGGCCAUAAUAAGUUUGGUGGAACAUUUCCCGAAUCCAUCAGCAACUUGUCAACAAUGCUUGAACAACUUACUCUUAACGACAAUUGUAUAGUUGGAAGCAUUCCAACUGCGAUAGAAAAUCUUAUAAACUUGACUUUCCUAGACCUGUCUGAAAACCAAUUCACAGGUAACAUCCCAAGCGAUAUCGGUAAACUUCAAAAGCUAAGUGUAUGGUAUAUUUGUCGAAACCAAUUUAUAGGUUUUAUUCCAUUCUCUGUUGGAAACUUAAGCCUUCUAACCGAGGUCAUCUUAAGUGAAAAUAACUUUCAGGGCAGCAUCCCUUCAAGUAUGGGAAAAUGCAAGAGUUUGUUACUAUUGGAUCUCUCUGGCAACAAUUUUAGUGGCACCAUACCUCAGGAGGUUCUCGGUCUCUCAUCCUUAUCGUUGUACCUAGACCUAUCUCGAAACCAUUUGAGUGGUUCCCUUCCCCCAGAGGUGGGAAACUUGAAAAAUUUAGGUGAACUAGAUGUUUUUGACAACAUGUUAUCUGGUGAAAUUCCGAACACACUUGGUAGUUGUAUAAUGUUGGAAUUCCUUUUCAUGCAAGGAAACUCCUUCCGAGGGCCUAUUCCUUCGUCUUUAAGUUUUUUGAGAGGUAUUCAAAAAUUGGAUCUCUCACGCAAUAAUUUGUCGGGAAAAAUUCCAGAAUAUUUGACAGGUUUUCAGCUGAAGGAGCUAAAUCUAUCUUUCAAUGACUUUGAUAGUGAGGUACCAAUCAAAGGCAUCUUCAAAAAUGCGAGCGCAACAUAUGUUAUGGGAAAUAGUAAGCUUUGUGGGGGUGUACCUGAAUUACGAUUACCUAGAUGCAAGGUUAAAGAGUUGAAGAAAAGGAGGUCAAACCUCAUCCUAAAACUCCUGAUUCCAUUAUCUUGUGGGCUUCUAGGAGUAAUUUUGGUGGUGUGCUUUUUAUACCUUUACUGGUCUAAGAAGUCAAGACAAGCAAAAUCGUCAAGUUUGCUAGAAAAUUCACUCUUGAAAGUGUCUUAUCAAAGUCUCCUAAAAGCUACUAAUGAGUUCUCUUCAGACAAUUUAAUUGGAGUGGGUAGUUUUAGCUCUGUGUAUAAAGGAGUUCUUGACCAGGAUGGAACUAUUGUUGCUGUAAAGGUACUUAACCUUUUGCGUCCAGGGGCUUCCAAGAGUUUUCUUGCAGAGUGCGAGGCCUUGAGAAACAUCAGGCAUCGAAAUCUUGUGAAGGUGGUCACUGCAUGUUCAGGUGUUGAUUACCAAGGGAAUGAUUUCAAGGCACUAGUUUAUGAGUACAUGGUCAAUGGGAAUGUAGAGGAGUGGUUGCAUCCAAUUCAAGGGGAAGAUGAGGUGAAUGAGGAGCCAAGAAAUUUAGGUCUUCUUCAGAGGUUAAAUAUUACCUUAGAUAUUGCCUUUGCCUUGGAUUAUCUUCACAAUCAUUGCCACACUCGCAUAAUUCACUGCGAUUUGAAGCCAAGCAACAUUCUUCUAAACAACGAGAUGACUGCACAUGUUGGUGACUUUGGUUUAACACGAUUUCUUGUUAAUAGUAGCUCUGCACAUCAAACAAGUCGUUCUAUUGGACUAAGAGGAUCCAUUGGCUAUGCCGCACCAGGUAAGUAG